GUCAUCAUUUCCGUUUCCGCACAGUGGUAGCUUUGACAGAAACAGCCAGAGCAGUUCGGUUAGCUAUGGGGUCCGCCUAUGCUCUAGUGUCUCAUGUUUAGAAUCAGUACAGCACAGCACAAGUACGGUAUCAGAUAUGCAAUAGAUGUUAUAGUCAAGUAUUCAGUGGUGCUCAUGUUUUUAUCGGUCUGAGUUUAGCGGAGGUGAUGGUGAGAGCUGCCUGUUGAGACUAAGUUAGCUAACGAAGAUGAACUGCUCAUUUUAGAGAAGCUAUACUGGCUAGCACUAUCGAAUUUGGCAGUUUCCAGUGUAUUCCAAUUGAAAAAAUAUAGUUUACGGCAAUCUAUGUGUAGGUUUAUGUUAUGUGCCGGGUUUCGCCUGUGGCUGCGAGUGGAAACCAUAGCGUUACAAGCCAAAUAUGCAUUGUAGAUAAAUGACCAAUGUUGAAAGCAGUAUUUCGUUUGACAUCAUUUAUUUUAAAUAAGCACUGUGUCACGCCAGUAUUUUUAUAACCGCUAAACCAAGCGAUAUGUUUACGGCGUUGAUGUAUUUAAUCCCUUGAAAUCACGCCGGUUAAAACCAGUGUUUACAUAAUAUUGCAAGCGUUCAGUGUCGCGAACACUCCCCACAUACAGUUUCGAUGGAGACGGAGGAGGAAAGUGUCAGCGGGCAGCUUGAUACCACCGGGAGGCGGGAGGAAUGGACACUGCUCAUUUGGACCUCCCUGGCCGUUCUGGUACCGGUGGUUAUCACGCUGUGGUGCAGUGCUCAACGCUCCAAACGGAAGGUGUACAUGAAGGACUUCUUACGCAAAAGCAAACAUGGAUGGCACUACACUGAUCUCUUCAACAAACCCACCUACUGCUGCGUAUGCUCUCAGCACAUACUCCAGGGAGCAUUCUGUGACGGCUGUGGUAUCUGCGCCGACGAGCAAUGCUUACGACGGGCCGACCGCACCAUGUUGUGCAAAGAGAUUAUGACUCCGGCUCAAUCGGACGGGACUCUAAACCAUCGUUGGGUGCGUGGAAACGUCCCCCUUUGCAGCUGCUGUGUGGUCUGCAAACAGCAGUGCGGCACUCAGCCAAAGCUGUGCGACUACAGGUGUGUGUGGUGCCAGACCACUCUGCAUGAUGACUGUAAGCCAAGCCUGGAGGAUGGAGAGCGAUGCGACCUAGGAGAGUUUCGCUGUCUCAUCAUCCCACCUCACUACCUCUAUCACGUCAACAAACUGCGCCGCAGACACCCGGACGAGUACAGCAAGCUGGCUGUGGCCUGUGGCAGUGGCUGGACUCCGGUGCUGGUGCUGGCCAACACACGCAGCGGGAACAACAUGGGCGAGGCCCUGCUGGGAGAAUUCCGCACCGUGCUGAAUCCUGUCCAAGUGUUUGACCUGUCAGAGCUGCCCCCCUCCAAGGCCCUGCAGCUGUGCACCCUCCUCCCCCCGGGCAGUGCCCGUGUGCUGGUGUGUGGGGGCGACGGGACCGUGGGCUGGGUGCUGGACGCCAUCGACGCCAUGAAGCUUAAGGGCCAAGACCAGUUCGUUCCGAGGGUGACUGUCCUCCCCCUGGGCACAGGGAACGACCUGUCCAACUCUCUGGGCUGGGGGGCCGGGUACGCGGGGGAGAUCCCCGUGGAGCAGGUGCUGAGGAACAUUCUGGAGGCUGAGGUGGUGAAGAUGGACAGAUGGAAAGUUCAAGUAGUCUCGAAAGGCCACUUCCUUAGGAAACCAAAGGUUCUGUCAAUGAAUAACUAUUUCUCCGUGGGUCCAGAUGCCCUGAUGGCGCUCAACUUCCACACACACCGGGAGAAAACGCCCUCCAUCUUCUCCAGCCGCAUCAUCAAUAAGGCUGUGUAUUUCCUCUAUGGCACCAAAGAUUGUCUAGUGCAAGAAUGCAAAGAUCUGGAUAAGAGGAUUGAGCUGGAGCUGGACGGGGAGAAGGUGGCACUGCCCAGUCUAGAGGGCAUCAUCGUAUGUAACAUUGGCUACUGGGGCGGUGGCUGCAGGCUAUGGGAAGGCAUGGGGGACGAACCCUGCCCCCCUACACGUCUGGAUGAUGGCUUGCUGGAGAUAGUGGGGGUCUACGGCUCGUUCCACUGCGCACAGAUCCAGGUGAAGCUGGCCAACCCUGUCAGACUGGGCCAGGCUCACACGGUUCGGCUGGUGCUGAAGAGCUCGCGGAUGCCCAUGCAGGUGGACGGCGAGCCGUGGGCACAGGGCCCGUGCACCAUCACCAUCACGCACAAGACCCAGGCGCUCAUGCUCUACCACAGCGCCGAGCAGACCGACGACGACGACGAGGACUCCAGCGCCGACGAGGACGGCGAGGGAGGGGGGGCGGCGGCGGCGGCGGCGGCGGCCGCGCCGGUGACUUCCGACCGUCGCACGUCCGGAGACGAGGCUGAGGUGGUGGUGUGAGGCCCUUCUGCGUGAUGCUCUCCCGUAGGGAGCAGGAGCUCCGUGCGUCCCGUGCUUGCCAGCACUCAUCGCGCUUCACAGCCAUAUUUGGGUCCUCUAUGUCAGAUGGUUGGACAAGGGCGCAAUUUCAGUGCUUGUCAUAGGCGCUAUUUUACAUAGAUACGCCCCAUGCCCACGCCUGACAUACCCCCCACCCCACACACACUCACUCACACACACACACACACACACACACACACACACACGUGCAGAG